UGUGUGCGAGCGAGUGGGAAGCGUGUGUGGAUUUCUUUUUUACUUUUCUUUCUUUUUUCUUCUUUUUUAACCCUUUUGCAAGGACCGUCAUUCAGUGUCUGGAUGGCGUGGGACAGGUGUAACCAGGACUCGGUGUGGAGAGAAAUAGAGUGCGCUGCCUUGGUUGGUGAAGACCAGCCCCUCUGCCCUGACCUCCCUGAACUUGACCUGUCCGAGCUGGACGUCAGUGACUUAGAUGCAGACAGUUUCUUGGGUGGCCUCAAAUGGUACAGUGACCAAUCGGAGAUCAUUUCCUCGCAGUAUGGCAACGAGGCGUCCAAUCUAUUUGAGAAGAUAGAUGAGGAAAAUGAGGCCAACUUGCUGGCAGUGCUUACAGAGACCCUGGACAGUAUCCCGGUGGAUGAGGACGGAUUGCCUUCGUUUGAGGCCUUGGCAGACGGAGACGUGACCAAUGCCAGUGACCAGAGCUGCCCCUCCUCCCCCUGCGGCUCCCCCCACACCCCCGAGCCCGAGGAGCCUUCCCUGCUGAAGAAGCUCCUCCUGGCGCCUGCAAACUCCCAGCUCAGCUAUAAUCAAUACACAGGUGGCAAGGCACACAACCAUGCAGCCAACAGCAACCACCGGAUCCGACCACCACCUGCCGUCGUCAAGACGGAGAAUCCAUGGAAUGGCAAAGCGCGUGGGGGUGCGACCCAACAGAACAGGCCCGUGAGGCGGCCCUGCACAGAGCUGCUCAAAUACCUGACAGCCACAGAUGACAUCCUGCUCCACACCAAAGCCAGUGAAGCCAGGGGCCCCUGGGGGCCCGGCAGUAGCAGAGACAAGAGUGUCCUGGGUCUAGGUGCCUCCUCCUCUUCCUCCUCGCCUUCAUCAUCGUCCACUUCCUCGUUCUCCUCCCUUUCCUCCAGCUCCUCCACCUGUUCAGCGUCCAAGAAGAAGUCGGUGUCUCAGCAGCAGCAGCAGCAGCAGCAGCGAGGUGAGCGCCGGGCUGCAGGCGAUUGUAGUGUGCCUGGUGUUGGGGCUGGGAAGUGGCAGCGGUGCCAUGCUCACCAUGAUCAGAAGUCCCAGGGCUGUGGCCAUGUCUGUCCCAAACUGGAGCACAGGGCGCCCAGUGAAGAAGGAAGGCCGCCAGGCGAGGCCGCCCGCCUGGCCGCCGCUAGCUUUAUUAGGUAUAUGCAUUCUUAUUCCCUCCCUCCCAGAGAGGCGAGUCACAGCUGUGGGCAUUGCCGAGGGGCUGCAGGUGCCACUCAGGCUAGUGGGGGCUUUGGCAGGCAAGGCCAUAGGAACACUAGUGGUGCCCAACAAGCACCACGCAGACACAUCACACUGACCAUAAAGAAAAGAGAGGAGAAGCCAGGCCACCCCUUACUCAGCCAGCUGCUCACCUCCAAACACAAGCCUGCCCACUACCAGGUCCAGCUACACACACGCAGCCCUAGUCCCAUACCCCCUUCCCUCAAAAAACAGUCACCCCCCAGGUCUGAGAGCCCCUUCCUGACAGAGCCACACAUGGACAAGGAAGAGCAGAAUGAUACAAAGUCUGUUAGGAACCAUGAGGCUGAGGAGCCUGGAUCUGGGCCCCUACUGUCCCCUAUGACCUUUGACCUAGAGACAGACUCAGGCCUAAACAUGGGCUUUGGACUGGAGCUGGGGUGGCCCAGCAGGGGGCACUGUGGGGAGGAGCCUGAUGAAGCUGAUAAUGAUGAUGGUGUUGUUGAUUAUGAUGAUGUCAUGGGCAGCAGUGUGGCUGCAAUGCUCUCACAGGGCCUGCCCAGCCCACUGUUCCCUGUCCCUCCCUGCUUCAUACCAGGGCAAGGGCACCCACACAGGCAGGCACUCAGCGAGCACCCCGACGACCAGGGCCACCCAUUGUUAGCCAAACCAACCACCUUGCCACUUCCUUUGACCCCAGAGUCUCCAAAUGACCACAAGGGAUCACCAUUUGAGAACAAAACCAUUGAACGCACAUUAAGCGUGGAGAUCGCUGGAACUCCAGGUCUGACACCACCUACUACGCCCCCACACAAAGUCAGUCAAGAGAAUCCUUUCAAAGCAUCUCUCAAAACCAAGUUGUCUUCAUGUUCCUCCUCAGCCUUGGCGUGCAAAAGAGCCAAGCAGAGCGAGGCGGGCCCCGGCGCUUUGGCCCCGGCCCCAGGUGCCUCAGGCGGGGGCCCCACUAGAAAGGGUCCCGAACAGACUGAGCUGUAUGCCCAGCUGAGCAAAGCGGCCAGCGCUCUCCCUUUCUCCCUGCACUCAGCAGGGGGCGCUGCCGAGGACCAACGUAGCACUAGCAACAAGCGGUCUCGUGGACACAGUGACCACGACUACUGCCAGGCAACAGCAAAUGCCAAGAAGGACGGCAGCACGGCCACCGCUCCAAGCACUACAGCAGAGGUCACACCUCCAGACGACAGGCAUGUGGAAUGUAAGGACUUAACUAUGCCCCCAUCUUCAUUGCCAUUCUCAUCUUCCCCAAUGUCGGCUUCAUCCAUGUCUUUGGCUGAGCAGCACAAAAAGGAGGCAGCCCAAAUGAAGGAGACAGAAAACCCUUCACAAGAGGUCCCGUGUGACCAAUCCUCUUCCAACAACCGGAAACCCAUGCGCGACCAGGAAAUCCGAGCAGAGCUCAACAAGCACUUUGGUAUCCCAACACAAGCGCUCUACAGCCCGGAGAGAGAAGUGAAGUCUGCAGCUCCUCCAUCUCCAGAGGAGGCCUCUGACAGUUCCCCACGGCUGCCCGGAUCCAGCUACCUGCACCCAGGCUUCCUGCCCUUCCAUGAUGACCUGGAUGUGGGGCGGGAGAACCGUUUCCUGUACCCCUGGGAGGGCACUCCUCUGGACCUCCUGUUCGAUUGCUCCCCCUGCUCUCCCUCCUCCUCGUCCCCUCCAUCCAGCUGCUCCCCCUCACGAGGCUCUGUAUCCCCGCCCUCCUCCCUGCUCCUGUCUCCCAGCAGGCCUUUCUGCUGGACCAGCAGCGGGUCACGCUCCAGGUCCCGAUCCCACUCCGGCUCCCGCAGCUCCUCCUCACACCACCGGAGGCGCUCUCUCUCCAGCUCACCCGACAGACGCCCCUCCUCUUGGGCUCGUCAGAACACAGAAUCCAGCACUUUCCGUUCCAGGACUCACAAAAGCCCUCGGUCCCGCUCUCCUCUCAGCCGCAGGCAAAGGUACGACAGUUAUGAGGAGUAUCAACACGAGCGCCUGAUGAGGGAGGAACAUCUCCAGGAUUAUGAGAAGCGAGAGUUUGAGCGAGCUGAGCAGAAAGACCGGCAGAAGCAAAAAGCUAUCGACGAGAGGCGGGCGGUGUACGUGGGCCGGUUGAGCUCUGACUGCACCAGGACCGAGCUAAAACGCCGCUUUGAAGUCUUCGGUGAAAUUGAAGAAUGCGCGGUGAACCUGAGGGAUGAUGGGGACAAUUUUGGCUUCAUCACGUACCGCUACACUUGUGAUGCCUUCGCUGCCCUGGAGAAGGGACACACCCUACGCCGGUCACACGAGCCCCAGUUCGAGCUGUGCUUUGGCGGACAGAAGCAGUUCGGCAAAUCACAUUACACCGACUUGGACUCUCAUUCAGACGACUUUGAUCCAGCCUCCACCAAAAGCAAGUACGACUCCCUGGACUUCGACAGCUUGCUCCGAGAGGCCCAGCGCAGCCUGAGAAGGUAACCAACCGGUCGUCAGGGGCAACCGCCGUCCGUUGUCACACGACGCGAGAGGGACUUCCGAUACCUCACUGUUUCUCAAGACUAUGAGAAGAUUUACACUCUAUUUCACAGAGUUUAUAUGAAGAAAAAAUAUAGACGUAUAUCGUGAAAAAUGAAUAUAUCAAAUGAAGUUUACAUGAACAAAGCUGCUGAUGAAGAAGGAGAAGCAAUGCAUUGUGGGAAAGCCAGUGAACCCUCAGAAUCUGUUCAAUGCAGGUUCAAUGCACUCAACUGCUGUUGUGAUGGAAGAAAAGGAAAAGAAACUGUCUUUUUUUCUCUAAGCACUACAAUACCCACAAUCCUUUGGGGUAGCAGCUUGUUCAGCCAGAUUUGUUUUGUUUUGUCAUUUCUUUUUAUUUUAGAAAUCUGCUGUGUGGAUCUGGUGUUACAUUGCAAAACAAGUGGGAAUUGUUUAGAAAAUUCUCAAGGGUGUCUACAUUUUAAGAGGUUGAAAUGUAGCUGUGUAUUUACAAAUAUUAUAAAAAGGAAUAUUUUUGUUUUAUGUACAUAUCAGAUAAGAAAAUUCUUUAUUUGUUACAGCUAUGCACUGUAAAACGCAGCCUUUUUUAAAUGAAAGAGAAAAAUUUCUUAAUUCAGAAUGUUUGAUCUGUAGUGAUUACACAACAUUGUACACCUACAUGAUGUUUUGUCAUGACAUGAUUGUAAAAAAAGAACAAAAAAUCUACGUCGACUGCUCAGUUUGAAAGAGCCAGUAAACAAUGUCCUUUUUUAAGUUAUUUUGUUGGGAAAGGGGUUAAAAAGUCAACCAUGUAUAGUUUUAUGUGUUUAUAAUGUCCUCAAUCAGUGUUUUUGCCAGUGUAAAAUGCAUUUUUAAAGUUUUUUCAUGAUUGGGAAAAAAAAUGGACCCCCAUUUUUUAUGAAUUAUUUGAAAGCAAUCAGUAUAUACACUUUGAUUCUUUGGAAGGUUUUUGAUCAACCAAAUAAUUUUAAUCCAAAAUAUUUAUGUAUUUAUUUUUUAAUCAAAACUAUUUAUGAGUUCCAUUUGAUGUGGCGUACCUCAUAAAAUGUAUUUAUUAUUUCUGUUAUUUAACUCACAAUCACUAGACAGGGUGUACAAUAAUAUCUUUUGGUGGGAAUUUUGUGACCUUCUAUGCCUUUCCGAAACAAUCACAACAUUUCAGCCAGUCACUCCUCAUGUAUCAGUCUAUAAGUCUACAUAGAAGCAAUAAGAAUAAUUUUGCAGGAUUUUGAUUAAGUUGUCCCACUGGUAACACUGACAUGGCUGCACUCACGCUUUUUUGAUUAUGUGAAUGCCAAACAAAAAGUUUACAAUUCAUUUCCUGACUUUUUUAAUGAUCUUGUAUUUGAUGUACAAAUAAUAACAUAUAGUAAUAAUAUUCACAAUAAUUGCAAGAUGAUUAAUAAUAAUAUAAAUGAAAGGAAAAAAUCUAUAAAAAGCAAUAAAUUAUUUUUCAGAGUUGUAUUUUAGCUCUUAUCGUUGUGAUUUUUUGGGGGGGAUUUUGGACCCAUUACCCAGUCACUGGUAGCUAAGAUGACUCCAUUCCAAUAAGUCUUGGCCUCCCUCUGCUUUUCCCUUUAAAGAUGUCCGUGAUUGUAUUGCACGCAUUACAGUGUGGUACUUCGUGUGCAAAACGUCCGUGUGUGUGUGUGUGUGUGUCUAAGAAAAAUAUUUGAUGUGUAGUGCAUGGCUAGUCCAGAACCACUUGGGAUAUCUGAUUUUCUCAAUGGCAAAUUUUUUACCAUUUUUAUACAGCAGUCAGCCGUAACAUCAGGACCACUGUGUUUGUGUUUUAGAAGCAAGAAAAAUGGGGAAAUUGCAUUGAAUCUACUUUGUCCAACAUUUGACCCAUCCUUCAAUGCAGUGGACCCAUUUCCAGCUGGAGGAUUGUGCAUAUUUUGGGUUUUUGUUUUGUGAAAAUAGACAACUUAUUCGAGCAAUAAGCAACAAUAAUUCGACUUAACAUCUGCUAAAAUCCAUAAGCAAGUCCCUCUAAACUUGGAACCAGAUUCUGAGCAAAAACACAACAACUUCAUUUCAAUUUGGCGAUCAAUAUUGCGCUGGUGGUCGUAAUAUUAUGGCUGGUGGUUGUAUAGGCCUAUAGGAGAAAACCCUACACAACUAAGGCAUGCCGCACCACUUCUUCCCCUCUCUCUCCACUCACAGUCCAGAUAUGACAUAAAAGGUAACCUUGCAGUUUCUAGUUCAAUUAAUAUCCUGUUCCGAGUAAUGAGAGAACCAGCUCUCAUCACAGGAAGGGAAAAAAAAUUGUGUAUAAUGAAAGCUAUGCUGAUCACAGACUUCCUUUUAUGGAGUUUGACUAUUGGAGACAUUUUUCAAAGAAGGAAGUGAAAAAAUACCUGUGUUUUAUGGCAUUGUUUUUCCCUUUCCGUUGUCUGUAUAGCAUUUGGGUAAUGGUGUCGUGUCCCAUUGAUUGAUGUGGCUUUAAACAUUGUAAUAAAAAAUGCUUUGUAAAUUGCCUAGAGUAGCAAUAUAUUACACCUUAUGGUUUCAACUGUGGCGGACUUUUUAAUGAUAAUGUCACCUAUUGAGGACACUGUCUUGCUUUGUUUUUCUUUGGAAGGACAUUACGUGUACAAGUGUGUGUGAGAUUUUAAGGGAAGUGUGUGUGUAUUUUUGGAUGUUCUGUGUCCUAUCCACGUUGCCUUUUUCUGCCAAGUCCUUACCAAUGCCUUUGUGGUUCUACCUAUUGUACGACUUUCUUGUGAAUUUUAAUUUUUUAUGUGCAAUUCUCAUCAGCCUCACCAUGCCAAU